CAAGAGGAAACACCUAACCCUUCGAUAUUUUUCCCCACGGCGCCGUGGCGCUCAAGAAAGCUGUUUUUAAACUACCGCUGUUUUUUGUACUUUUGUUUUCCGACACAGAAGUCGUUAAAAUGGUUCUUUUGUUUUGAGCGUUGUGUAUGUCUCUGUGUGUGUGAGAGAGAGUGCUCCUAUAUCUUGUAUCUUAUUUUUCUUCAUUACGCUAAGCAGUAAUGUACUGCUUUAAAUCGGCAGACUGCUAGCGUCUGGAAUCUGUUCUCACCAGGAAUCUGUGCCGGAGAGGAUAAACCAGGAUGGUAACGUAUUGUUCAUAACCAGCUUCAGCUAGACGAAGGCCAACUCAACCCUAGACUUUACUUCCAAGCCCCUUGAAAACCACCAUCAGCCAUGUCAAAUAUAAACAAUCCACUUUGCAUUGAGAAUGGACAGAAUGCUGACGUGUCUCUCUUGCAAAAGGAUAAUCUUCAGGAUGGUGGAUUAAGCCAGCUGUUGGAUUACAAUGCAGAAAUGGAAAGGUACAGGUCUUUUGCAAACUUUUACAAAACCAAUGGGGCAUUUCCACAGACUGCAAAAAUCGCCCGCAUCACCACGCCAAUUUUUCCCAGUGCCAGAAUCGGCGUGUCCCCUUGGAACUGUGAUAACGCCAUGCUCUGGGGAAGGAAAUCAGCGGCAAUAAACCCUAAUAGGACCAGCAUGCACAGAAAUGAGUCCCAGAGGCCGGGGAAGCCUGGCGUGUCGCCAGAGACGCUGCAAAUGGCAAAUAAUAAUUUCCUCUCUACCUUAUCCCCCGAACACUGCAGACCUUUAGCAGGAGAAUGCAUGAACAAGCUGAAAUGCGGCGCUGCUGAAGCAGAGAUAAUGAAUCUCCCGGAACGCGUUGGAACUUUUUCCGCUAUUCCGGCUUUAGGGGGCAUCUCAUUACCUCCCGGGGUCAUCGUCAUGACAGCCCUUCACUCCCCCGCAGCCUCAGCAGCCGUUACAGACAGUGCGUUUCAAAUUGCCAAUCUGGCAGACUGCCCACAGAAUAAUUCCUCGGCAUCCAGCGGAAACCCAGCCAAGAAGAAGAGGAAAAGGUGUGGGGUCUGCGCGCCCUGCAGGAGGCUAAUCAACUGCGGGGUGUGCAGCAGUUGUCGGAACCGCAAAACGGGCCACCAGAUCUGCAAAUUUAGGAAAUGUGAGGAGCUGAAGAAGAAGCCGGGAUCGUCGCUGGAGAGGACACCGGUCAAUAAUGGCGAAGCGUUCCGAUGGUUCUUUUAAGGCCCAACCCUGGUGACAUCACUCUGACACACGUCAGGCUCUGACUCACUGCAAGCAGCACUUGUGGGCUCCUGAAACGGAACACUUCCACCGGAGGAGAAAAGGAAGACAGAAACAGAAAAAAAAAGAUAAAAAGAAAACAUUAUGGUGUUGGUUUAACUCUGUAAUUUUCUUUCCUGUGUAAUUAUUGUACCUUUUGACAGUAUCAUAAUGUAUAUUUUGGGUGUCUAUGAAUGUGUUUCAGUGUCGUGGCUGUGCAAGUUGCAGCCAUUCUUAUAUAAAGGAAUCAAUAGACAAUCAUAACAAAUGAAAUAAGGAAAACAUGAGGCCACCUGGAUUAAUUAUCAACACACUCAGUAGAUCUGGAGCAAUAAUCUUUAAGGUGAUUAUUCCUCGCCAUCACAUUCAGGUUUGCUUUUUAACCACAUUAAACGAUACCUCUUUUUCGGCCUGGUCGGCCCACCUCAAGGAUGUGUGCCACCACCUGCCACAGAGCCUCAACCCUCUCAUGAAAACGUUGUUUCCUGAUUGAUUGGACAUGAGCAGACAGCAGUGGCAGGCUAGUUGUUUUUUUACUCUUUCUUUUCGUUUAAGUUGUGUUUGCUGUGUGCAGCAUGUGACAGAACAGGGCACAUUGUCUUGUUGACAAGUUGCACUUUUGUCGUGUAAACUAAAAAUGAUCCCACGUUAGAGCACAAGAAAGCUUCUGGUUGGACUAGUAACUUGGAACGAUGAUGUUAUGAGCUUUUUGUAAUAGCUGCUUGACCUUUUUGAGAUUUUUUUUUUUUUUUUGUUUCUUUGAAAUUCAAAUGGUUGAAAGUAAGCUGUCUAAAAGGUAGUUAGAAGUACCAGUAAAGGAAUUCUAGUUAACAUUUAAAAUCUAAAUUUCCAGCAUUUUCUAAAAGUGCAUCAAAGUUAUGGGUUGAUUAUCCUGCAACAUUGGAGUGUGCAUAUGUUUCCACCGCAACUCUGCCCCUGAUCUGCUAUAGUCUGUUGAACUGAAGCAAAGUUACACAUUCCAAACUAAAUUAUUCAAUAAGUUACUCAUCGUCUUAAACCCUAUUGUUGCAUGUGUAAAUGUGUUUUGGUUUUAAAAAUUACAAAGAAUUUGUAAAUUGUUGUUGUGAUGCUUUUAU